AAUACAUUUGAUCAAUAGCCUAAUCCUGAAGCUUGACUGCAACAUGUCAACUAAUUUAAUUAUUUAAUUCUAGAAUGCUAGCUAGUCAAGUGUCAUGAAAGCUUUUCUUGAAAAACUCAACCAAUGCCUGUCUGUCCACCUCCGCAGUUCAGGCUGUCCCAUCUCAAGUGUGCAUGUGAGUGAAAUGUGGCAGUGGAGCACCCACUGUCGCGCAUGAGGAAACGCUCUGUGGAUAUCCAAUGAAUGGGAGUCAAAUUCCAUCUCCGCUCGCCUUCAGCGCAGCUUCAGAAGAACUGUGUGGUGAGACUGCAUGCAAGACGUAGACGGACUGUUCUCCGCGCAGACUCUCAUAUGCUACAGUGCCACAAAACACUUUCCAAGAACAUUCUUUGCGAGACGUUGACAAGAACAGAUAUGAGCUUUUCCUCCGUCAACACAGAAGGAUUCGUGAUGGAAACUAUGCAAGAGGUCUGGACACACUGAAGGCGCAAAGCUGAGGACAUCACCUCAUAGCAGUAGAAGACACCCCUCCAGCUGCCUCUGCUCUGCACUGAAAUGCCAGAGGAAUUCACCAAAGACAACAUGGGAGUACCUGCAGCUGGUGACCGCAUUCUAACAGAGAAGUCUAACAAUAAUGAGACAGCUCCAGCGCCUGCCACCACCACAGUCUCUAUCCCCCUGGUCAACGAGGUCCAGUUGACAGCAGCCACCGGCGGCGCAGAGCUCUCCUGCUACCGGUGCACGGUGCCGUUCGGAGUGGUGGUUCUGAUCGCAGGCAUAGUGGUGACAGUGGUGGCGUACAGCUUUAACUCGCACGGCUCCACCAUCUCCUACUUUGGACUGGUGCUGCUGUCGUUCGGCUUGGUACUCUUGGGCUCCAGUGCCGUUUGCUGGAAGGUGAGGAUGGAAAGGAAGAAGGAGAGGCGAAGGGAGAGCCAGACGGCUCUAGUGACCAACCACCGAAGCCUCUUUGCAUGAGAUCACACAAGUGACCCUAUUGGGAGUAUGUGCCAAAACACACAAAGAAAAAAAGCUAUUUACGAGAAAUCGAGAAAGACUGAACAGGAAUCAACCAGUGAUUCAGGGGAUGGUGGGUACGUGUGGAGUGGAGGGUUGACAUUGCGGUUGUGUUCCUCUGUCCAGAUGUUUCAACAUCACUGACUGGGUCUGGUGUCAGCGUGGACGGCCCUGCUGGCUCGCUGACCCAUUUGGCUUCCACCAAGGCCUCAGGCGAAGCCUCUCGCAAGCUGACAAACCCUGCCUGGCUUUGAAGAUGCUGAUGGCUGUUGCUUUCCUACCCCCACCCCUCCCUCUCCUCUCCUCUCCUCUCCUCUCCUCUCCUCUUCCCUCUCCUCUCAUCUCCUCUCCCCUCCUCUCCUCUCUCCUACCUCCCCCAUUCACUUUGUGUUAGAAAAGACCGACCACAUCUGGGCAGGCUGGGAAGGCAGCCAAAGUGCAUGUAUCAGAAUUAAGACGAAUAACCGCACUACACUCCCUGUGGAGGGAAGUGGCCCAUUUAUCCUCCAUUGCAGCCUGAGGUUUAAGGAUUAUACUGUAACAUGUAUGUGAGGAUUGAGUCAGAUUCUGAGGAGGAAAAGACCCGAGAGAACAAUGGAUCAUUUUUCAUUGAUCAUGUUACCUUUUACAGUACAGACACACCUCAUUUUGGAAGUCUAACUUUAGGUUGACACCUUCUCAGUGGCAGGGGGUGUAUUGUGCGGGUAUGGAAACAUGGUACUUAUUAUUAUAAACAAAUGAGAUACUCUUGACAUAGUGACAUGUGUUGUUAUGUUAAAACAGAAGUAGAUGUCUAAUGGUAACAUUUCGAGUACAUACCUAAUAGCCCAUGGCUUUGUAAUGCCAGACACGUGGCACUGGUGCAGUGCUAUCCGAAAGAGCAUGUAUACUCGUUGUAGUGGGAUUAGGGUAUUAUUAAGUUACUCCGCUGUAACUGUAUCAACAAUUCUCUUCCUAUGCACUUUUGGUUCUAUUUUGUUAACUUCAUUCGCAUAUUCUUUGAAAUAUGAUACUAGGUUCUGAAUCAACACAAGCCUUUUGUCGAUAGUUAUGACUCAUAUUGAGAGGGGGUUAUUCAAGUCUUGAUCACUUUAUUCCAAAUAACAGUUAUUAAUGCUAUUAGUUAUUUUAUGUUAUAAUUGUACUGUAACAACUGUUCUUAUUUCAGUCUUGUCUUAAUUCAGUAAUUAAAACCAAAGUGCAAUAUUAAUACAACUUGUUAUUAUUUUGUCAACACAAGUUAUACAAUCUACUGAUAAGUAGGUUUUUUGAUGUAUUCAUCAAGGUUUGAUAGCAUUUUACGGGCUCUGAAAUACAGGGUGCACAUUGCAUUUUUGUUUUGUACAACUGACCAAGUGAAAGACGUGAAUAUUGAAAGCAUGAUGUAGCAGUUAAUGACUUGCCCAUUCAUUCACUUUCUCCUACCUAAUAACAUUGAUACUUCACGUUUUAUUGUUCACUUUAAAAUCCAUGAUGUUCUUAUGACAGAGGAACCAGAGGUGGUCAAAGUAAAAGAAGUAAAAAACAAAAGCCACCAUAGUUUCCUUCCA